AUGCCGAGGGGCUUUUUGGUGAAAAGAACCAAGAGACUGGGAGGUUCUUACCGCAUGCGUCGAGUGGAAAGGGAAUUUCACCUUCUGGGGCACCAAGAGGCACCUCUUUUCCCCCGAGGGGCUUCCCCCAGUCCCCAGGAAAGCGUGACGGGUAAGGAGAGGUUGGAAUCCCCACUGGAAAAGGUAGAAAAGAAGGAGAGAGAGGCGACUUCGCGAUUGUCAGCGUUCUACCUAGGGGCGGUAGCAAGCAGAGGACCAGGCCAGCGGGAAAGCUCUGACGGGGGGCUGGGCGGAGGCUCGACUCCAGGUCCCAGUCCCAGCCCAGCUAAGCCGGCGGGCGCGGAGUUGCGCGGGACGUUCCUGGAGCGUUGCCUCAGUUCUCCUGCCUCGGCUGAGUCUUUCCCGGGGGGCACCACAGCCGCGGUUGCUUUCUCUUCCACAGUGGCAACCGUGUCUGCCCCAUCUUCGGGGGAGCAGCUUUUGAUACCUCUUCUGGCACCUUUCCCAGAAGCUGCUCCAAAGCCAGACUCAGCUCCCCUCACUGUUACUCUUCAGGGUUUGAAGCGGGGUAGUGGGGACGACCGUCGUGAUAAGGGACCUCCUGGGCCAGUGUCAGUGUCUGGGUCUGGGACAGCAGUGCUAGGUACCAAGAAACCGAAAGCUAUGAGGAGGUUGAGUUUCGCGGAUGAAGUAACCACAUCCCCAGUCCUGGGGUUGAAAAUCAAGGAGGAGGCGCCUGGGACACCAUCCCGAGGCCUUGAAGGCAGCCGAACGCCACUGGGUGAAUUUAUUUGCCAGCUGUGCAAAGAGGAAUACUCAGACCCCUUCGCACUGGCUCAGCACCGCUGCUCCCGCAUAGUGAGAGUUGAGUACCGUUGUCCUGAAUGCGACAAGGUCUUCAGCUGCCCUGCCAACCUGGCUUCCCACCGCCGGUGGCACAAGCCACGUCCUGCUAGUGCUUCCGCAACUGUCCCCAGGGACGCGAAGGCCCUUCCUUCGUUUUCCUCUUCUUCCUCAUUGUCUUCGGAUUGCAGUUCUAUUGCACCUUUCCUGGGGGAGGGUAAGGAGAACAGCAGAGAGAAAAGGCCUGAAGGUCAGCACCCUCAUAUUCGGGACAGCUCCCGGACUGAUCAGCACCAGGACAGCUCCAACACUACUGCUACCCUUCAUCAGGACCUGAAGGCCACUCAGCACCCAGAGCCCCAGCUACCACAGGGUACAUAUAAUGAAAGGGCGUCGGGGCGUCGGGUCCAAGGUACAGGGAACCGCAAUGGAGAUGGGAUAUCUGAGGUUUUCUUGUGCCCAUAUUGUCACAAGAAGUUCCGCCGCCAAGCUUAUUUGCGAAAGCAUUUGGGCACUCAUCAGGCAGGUUCAACCCGAGCGCUGACCCCUGGCUACAGUACUGAGCAGAGCUUGCAGCUUGCUUUCCCAUGCCCGCUUUGCGGGGCACACUUCCCCUCGGCCGACAUCAGAGACAAGCACAGGUUGUGGCACGCAGUGCGAGAGGAAAUGCUAUUGCCUUCUUUAGCAGGGGCGCCUCCAGAGGGACCAAGUGGACGGAGAGUUGCUGACGAAGAUACUCAACAGAUCUUUCCAUGCAAGCACUGUCCAUCCACCUUCUUCAGUUCCUUGGGGCUAACUCGACAUAUUAAUAAAUGUCACCCGUCGGAAAGCCGGCAGGUGUUGUUGCUUCAGAUGCCACUCAGACCCGGUUGCUGA